UUACUCAAAGAUACUUUUGGUAAACAAAGGACGUGGAUUCAGAAUGAUGCAAACAGAAUUUCUGAAGUGGUGCAAAAGUACCCACAUCUCAUAUUGAAUACCUUGGUUUUGUCUGAGUUCUGCACCAUGCAAAAAUGGAAGGAGGAAGAAGGAGCUGUAGAAGCCUUCAUUAGAAAAGUAGAUGCUAUGAUUGAAACCUUGGGACAGCAUUUUGGUAUUAAGCAGAAUGAAUUAGGUAAAGCCCAAAUCGUACUUAGACUCAACGAAUGUGUGAGAAACAAAAAACUUAAGAAAAAUAGCCCUUUGUUUCUUGUGAAAGAGGCUAUGUCUUCCACGCAAGAUUUAAUGACAGUGGAAGGUGAUUCACCUCGACUAGUUAUGUUCACAAUGGAGGGAGCUAUUGCUGCAGCUUAUGUAGUCGCAGAUGAGAUUAGAAUGAAAAUUGUUGAGCCAACUCGCUCGCAAAUGAAUGUGCCUUAUAAGGAGAUCAACGAUUGGGUGCGCUGCAAGCAAGAGGGUGUGCCGCGCCGCGAGAGGACUCGAUACUCUAUUAAGCCGAUCGUCGACGCGCAUCAAUCCCUCUUUGUCAAGGAAAGGCCCGAGCAUGAGGAACGGAUGCCUCGAGGGCAGGGCUCGCUGCCCUGUGAGCAUCUUCAACGCAUCCGAAAACACCUCUGCCUGCACUCGCCCGACUUAGAAUGUUUUUGCGAUGUUGCAGUAGUGAGCGAAGAGAGCAGCACCCCGCGACUCCGAUGA